CCCGGCGGCGGCGUUAGAUCGGCCUUGUUGGGUCUUGCCCCGAAACUCCGCCUCUCUCCGGUUUUUCUAGAAACCCGGUUUUGCACUUGGUGGUGUCGUACAGCGUCCCAGACGGGCUUGUGGGUCUCCCAUGGCGGAUACGGCCCCGAACGGCCCCCAAGGGGCGGGCGCAGUGCAAUUCAUGAUGACCAAUAAACUGGACACGGCAAUGUGGCUUUCUCGUUUGUUCACAGUUUACUGCUCUGCUUUGUUUGUCCUGCCUGUUCUUGGGUUGCAUGAAGCUGCAAGCUUUUACCAGCGUGCUUUACUGGCAAAUGCUCUUACCAGUGCUCUGAGGCUGCACCAAAGAUUACCACAUUUCCAGUUAAGCAGAGCAUUCCUGGCCCAGGCUUUAUUAGAAGACAGCUGCCACUACCUGCUCUACUCACUCAUCUUUGUCAAUUCCUACCCUGUUACAAUGAGUAUUUUCCCAGUCUUGUUAUUCUCUUUGCUUCAUGCCGCCACAUACACGAAAAAGGUCCUUGAUGCAAAGGGUUCAAAUAGUUUACCUCUGCUGAGAUCUAUCUUGGAUAAAUUAAGUGCUAAUCAACAGAAUAUUCUGAAAUUCAUUGCUUGUAAUGAAAUAUUCUUGAUGCCUGCUACAGUUUUUAUGCUUUUUAGUGGGCAAGGAAGUUUGCUCCAGCCUUUUAUAUACUAUAGAUUUCUUACUCUUCGAUAUUCCUCUCGAAGAAAUCCAUAUUGUCGGACCUUGUUUAAUGAACUGAGGAUUGUUGUUGAACAUGUAAUAAUGAAACCUGCCUGCCCACUAUUUGUGAGAAGACUUUGUCUCCAGAGUAUUGCUUUUAUAAGCAGACUGGCACCAACAGUUGCGUAGUUUAACAUCCAGCUAAGUUAUAUAUAGUAGAAAGAAGCAUUUUUAGCAGUUGGUACUUCUGCUAGGGGUUGUUAAUUCCAGGUGUAAAACUGACCUCAACCCAAUUUACGUAAAUGCAUCUCAAUGGAAAAAUUACCAUUUUCCUGGCAUGUUAAAUCAAGCCUUUUAAAAAAAAGUUCCCAAGAAAAUUUUACUGUGCUGUGCUGGUUAAUGGUUAAGGAAGUUUCUAUCUUGUGAUAAAUGUAUCAAAAAUUUUUUUAAGUGCUGCUGUGCCUUUAUCAUGAAGUACAUUUAUUUCUCUUGUAAAAGUAGCUGUAAAAUUUCUUUCAACCUAAUUGGUACCCUAAAUUUAUAUCUGGCAUGAUUUCAUUAUGGUAAUAUUAACAUACAUGAAUUCAUUAUAUUUUGAGACCGUAUUCUUUUUCCAUUCAGUAAUUUUGGUUGAUGAUUUUAAAAGAAACACUUACCACUGUAUUCAAUUUCAAAUUGUUAUUAAAAUGAUUUUCUGCUGCUUUGUUAGGAUAUAUUUUGGAUAUACCAUUAUAAGAGGAAUUCUGCAUGCAUCUUGCAUCUUAUGCUAUGAUCUUCCAAAAUUUUUAAUGUGGCUUUGAAUAUUUUUUAAAAAGACAACUGUAAGCGUAUUAGCCAGUUGGGUCAAUAUAUGGGGUCACAACUGUUCUACAUCAGAAAGCCUUAGUAGUUACACAGCUUUCUUUCAGACACCCAUUAAGUAACC